UGUUCUGUUCUGUUUUCUUUUCAGUGUUCUGUCUGUCUGUUCUGUUGUGUUGUUAAAUGUUAACAGUGCGGUACAGAAUUACAAUAGGCCGGCCUGCUACAAUCCGUUUUUUUCCAACGAGCUUGUAACACUGUUUAAUUGUCUUGUGUUGUGAUUGAACAUAGUUAGUUGGCAUUACAGUAAUUUGUUGAAGUAAAGGCCUAUGUUUAAUGUACAAACAUUUUCGAAAUGUCAUCAUUUGAAGAAGUAAAUAAUGCUCGGGACAAGCUUAUGGAAGCAUUAGGGGAAAAGAGCAAACAGUACAUUCAACAUAUGAAGUUAUGGUUCCAGAUGAAAACCUCAAAAGAAGAUUUUGACAUUGAAGCUCGAAGACUUCUGGAUCCGGGCCAGAUACAUCUUCACAACCAGUUCCUACUACAACUGUACCUCAAAUGUUCUAAGCAAGACUUGCCAGCAGUGUCACCGCCGUUGCCUCACCAUCGCACUAAGACUAAGCGCAGGGCUAGGCAGCACAAUGGCGGCUUCCAGCAAGCCAACAUCCACGACUACGUGCAGACCCGAGUGCCGCCACGGCCGCAGGAGGAGUCUGUGCUCUACUGUGUACAGGAGCUAUUCCUGCCAGACACAGAGUUGAUACAGAUGCGGAUGAUGUUGGCAGCUUGGGAACUUGGCCUCAAAGGGGCAGAACAGUCUGCUGCGGAGAUACUAGUCCAGGCUACCCAGCAUUUUCUCAAGAACGUGAUCACCGCAGUAUUAACCCGUAGGAACGGUUUCCGUAUCCACAACAGUGGCGUGCAGUACGCUGUAGGCAUGCCAGUGCCCAACCCUUGGCUCAGGAACACAGCCAACUACUUUCCAUGUAGAUCUGAUGGGUCAGUGCUGGAAGUGCUGGAGUCAGGAGAGACAGUUCCAGCAGGUCGCCCCUCUGUCAGCGACCUGCAGCAGGACAUAGCCAUGGCUCACGCAGCUGGCGUCGAGUGUUCUGACAAGAAACCCGUCUCUGCGGCAGAGUGUUAUGAGGCCCUCAAGCUGUACCGGUUCCCCUCCAGCCAUGUUUAUGCCAUCAACAUGGAGAGAAUUUCCACCCAACUGCAUCACCCCAGCUGGGACGAUACUGGCGAAUAGUUUUAGCAAAAAAUAGAUGUGAAUAUGUUUCUGUUUACUGUCGAUAUUAAAUAGCUUUGUAAGA